CUCGAUUCCUCGAUGCCACGUCAGAAGGGUUAGAAAAGACCCGAAAGUUUAGAAGGGCUGAGGUAUGGACGGACAUCGCUCUAAUUGCCACCCUGAUAGGAAACCCCGUCCAGCCUGCCUCGAGGAGCACGUAGGAAACAACAACCCGCCAUCGCAACGACAGUACCUGGACCCGCGGGAGAUAAUCGACCUCGCCUUCUUUCAGCCUCGUACUGCCUCUGAAGAUGAAGGGCUAACGCUAGAGGAGGAAGAAGAGGAGGGUGACGAGGAGGAAGAGGAAACUUCCGCAGAAUCGGGGAGUUACAGUGAAUACAGCGAGGAAGAGCGGGGCGAAGAGGAAGAAGAAGAAGAAGAAGAAGAAGAAGAAGAGGAGGAGCAGUUGGAAGAAGAGGAGGAAUCCGAGUGGGAGACGUUGGGUGAAGAGCCGGACCGUGCGGAGACUCAGCAAGAGGACCCCGAGGCGGCGCGAAGGAGAGAGGAGAUAGCAGCUGGGAAGCAGCUGCUGGAAUUCGCAAGUGGAGUGGAUCUGCCAGUCCCGAAUGACCCCGCCAAGGAUCCUGAGCCGCCCAAGAACGACGAUGGGGACCUUGCUGCCGAGACUUCGAGCGCACCGGCCCGACGACGACGAAGCCGAUCCCCCUCCCCCUCCCCCUCCCCCUCCGCCCAUCCACCAAUUCGAGCUCGUACCGAUGCGGGGCAUCGGGCUUCGUCCCCAGUCCUUAUCCCGUCGUCCUCUUGACCACCUCACCCUCCUUCAUAUCACUACGCGCAUCACCUUCC